UUUUUUUCAAAACAGCUCUAUAAUAACCCUUAAUCAUACACGCCAUACAGCUCAUAAGGCAGUUGAGAAGAAUUGGAAAAGUCCUCCAUUCCUCUUUGAUCCGUGAAAUCAAAAGAAGAAUUUAUUCAAAAUCUGUUAUUCUCGGAAAACCCAAUUCGGAAAGAUGCAUGACUUCUGCUUCACAAUUCCUUAUGGAUUGAUUUUGGUUGGUGGUGGCAUUUUUGGCUACCUCAGGAAAGGGAGCAUAGUUUCGCUAGCUGGAGGUGUGGGUACGGGAUUAGCUCUAAUUCUCGCUGGAUACUUGAGCCUUGGAGCUUUCAAGAAGAAGAAGAACUCUUAUCUUGCUCUGAUUCUUGAGACUGUAUGCAGCGGUGCGCUCACCUGGGUGAUGGGACAGCGCUAUUUACAGACUUCAAAGAUCAUGCCGGCUGGUGUUGUUGCUGGAAUCAGUUCUCUCAUGACUUUAUUUUACCUGUACAAGCUCGCAACUGGUGGUAACCAUAUUUCUCCCAAGGCUGAGUAAUGAUUUCAAAUACUUCUUCCGAUAUUCAAUAUAGGAAACGCACUGGAUCACACUAGAAACUCGAACAAUGUAUUAGUAUACAAACAAUUGCUGUUAUUGCUAAUUUUACAAAGGUUGGACGUGUAAACUGAAUGAUCAUUGCUGAAUAUAGACCAGGUGGGUUGAAAGAAAGGCUUAGAGUUGUUAUUUGAACGUGUGCUUGGGAGAGCUCUGAGCUGUUGCUCGAUGGGUCUGUCCUUUUACAUUUGUUAUUUCUUGGAAUCAAGUUUUCUCGUAAAUCUUUGGAUUCUGUUACAAA